AUGAAGUUGUUGUUGCUUCUCCUGGUGGUGGUGGCGGUGGCCACUGCCACUGAAGAGGCCACCUCCGUUCUCGACGGCGGCCUACAGGGCGUGCUGCGCUUUUUGUUCGGUGGCAGUGCUGAGGUGAAAGAUUUUUUUCUCAACACCUUUGAAACGCGCGUGCACCAUUGGACCAAUCACCGAGCAAAUGCCGCCGAUUUCAUCGCACAACUCAACACCAUUGAACCUCUGGUCGAGUCCCUCACCUCAAUGGACGACUUUAUCGAGCGCUUUGAUCUGUGGGGUGAGGACAUCAUGGUGCGCACCAACGGCGGUGAAAUCAGCGACAUUCUCACCACCGCCGAAACCGUUGACGAGCCCUUUCUUCGUGGACUGCUCGACGAUGGCAACUCCUUUGUGAUCAAAACGGAGCUUCACCAAAGCCACGGCUCCGAUCUUGAGCGCCAGCUGACUACCCUCUUCGCUACAACUGUAGCUGUGCAUGGUUACGUGACCCCAACCGGGGCCCAGGCCCUCAAGCCACACACGGAUCCCUACGAUGUCCUGGUCAUUCAGACGUACGGCGAGAAGCAGUGGACCAUCUGCACGCCACAGCCUGCUGGUGCACAGAACCGCACCGAUGCUGAAAAGGCCCAGCUUCAGGAGAUUGUCCGACAUAGCAUUCAAGGCUGCACCCAGUACGAGGCCUGGCAAUUGGCCAAGAUGGAGUGCCAGGCCAUCACCUUGAAGGCAGGCGACGUGCUCUAUCUUCCCAAGGGCAUCAUUCACUAUGCGACCACCACCGAGAGCAUGGGCUCAACCCACAUCACGCUUUCACUUGAGCGCCUCACCCACAGCUGGCUUGCGCUGUUUGGCCGUGCCUGCGGCCUUGGCCUCGAUCGCGCCACCUGCCAGCAAUAUGAAGACGUUCUGCUCACCGCCUCCCUCACCCCCAACGGGUUGGCCUGGCUCAACUUGGCUGCCAUGCCUGCCGUGGAGACCGAUCCCACCACCGCCGUUUGUGAGCGCCUCAACUACCUCAUGCUUGGUGAUGAGCCCACCUCCUUGGUCAACCUUCUUGCCGACGACCACAACCGCAAGCUCAACAUGUACGCUCGCUCCAACAAGGAACUACGAGCGCUUCUGACCACGAUCUUGGACUGCUCCGCCCCGGAUCAGGUCAUUUUUGCCAUGAGGCAGACUCAUCGUGACUCUAUCAAGCGCCGUGAAACGGAUCACCGCCCUCCCUGCUACUACGCAAGCAGCUGCAACGACUACAGUAGCUGCGACUGCAAUGACAACUGCGAUGAUAACUGCAACAUCUGGGGCGAUAACUGCGAUGCCGCGUGCGACGGCUCAUGUGUAUGGUCUUUGCUCACCGUUCUGUCUGUCUCUUACUCAGACUGCGACAGCGGAGUGCGUUGUAAAAACGGCUAUUACGUUUCGAAUUACUGGCGUGGCGAAUGUACCGACUGCCCCAGCGGCAAGUAUGGUGAUGAUGGCUACAACUGUGGUGAUUGCUGGCCUGGCAAGUACAGCAGCGGCUCUCGAUCGACAUACUGCAGCAGCUGUCCUGCUGGCAAGUACACCGAUCAGUACACCCAAUCUUCGUGCAAGAACGCUGGUCAGGGCUACUACGUCAGCUCUUCCUCCAGCAGCUCUCCCUGGUCCUGCGCCCCCGGCAAGUAUACCGACGAGACGACAGCCACUUCAUGCAAAGACUGCUCAAGUGCCAACUUCCCCGGCACCUAUCAGGAUCAGUAUGGACAAGCGAGCUGCAAGACUUGCCCAGAGGGCAAAUACGCAGUGGGUGAUCGCGCCACCUCGUGUGUUGAUGGAGUUGGUGUCUUGGUCCAGCCCAUCAUGUCUGCUCGUUCCAUGGAGCUUGUGAUCGAGAACAGCGGUCCUGCUCGUGAGGGCUUUCGGGUGACCCUUGGCAUCUGGCGCAAUGACGAGUACGCCUGGGACACGGCGGCUGGUUACCCCAAGGAGUAUGAUGCCGAUCAAACAGGCAGCAGCUACGAUGCUCAAACGCGCAUUACGCUCAACUACCUGAUUCCGGGUACCUACUACUACAUCAAGGUUGAAGGGCGCCAAAAUGGCGGCUAUCCCGACUCCUUCGAGUAUCCGCAGGCACAAACCGCCUGCGCCUGUGGUGCCAGCGAAGUGACAGGUGCGCCGGCAGACGUCACCACGCGUCAGCAUCGCGGCCGCGUUUUCUUUGCAUUUUCGGACAUGAGCUACUGUGAAGAUGGUUUCUUGCUCUACCGCGAUGGCUCUUCGUUCACCAGCGGUUAUGACGUCAAGGCUAGCCAGGCUUGCGAGCGCCGGUAUGCCCCAGAAACCAUCUAUGACGAUGUGGCCACUUCCUCGGAGCUGCAAGUGGGCCACACAUACCAAUACUGCAUCAGCGCUUACAGCAAGACCUCAUUUGUCUGGGCUGAAGACUCUGGUCUGACUGGUUCAUAUGAAUCGGCGCAAACGUGCAUCUCGCAUCAGGUUCUUUGGGAGGCCGAGCUCACGGGUCGCGUGCAGCUUACCGAUGCCGCCGGCAACCUGGCGGUUGCCGACACCAACAUCGAAUGGUUCUAUGAGCGCAACGGGGUCUUCGUCCUGGGUGGUAACCUUACGACCGAUGCGGAUGGUCGCUUUGCCGUAUACGUCAAGACUGAUCUGCUGGGUACUGAACAGGAGAUGUUAGUGCUACGCCCCUCCAAAACGAGCGGCACCGUGCAGCACAGAUACACGUGCAAUGGCCUCCCAUGCACGGAGCAGCGCAUUCUUGUCAAGGCUCUUACGUUUGAUCAAGAGACGACGUUUGUGGAUGCCACCACGGUCCCUUUUGAGGGCAGCGUAUUCGUCAAGGGUACAGAGCACGCCAAUUAUGCGCUUGGCUGCCCGCUCCGCAACGCCCGCGUGUGCCUCUACAAUCACCAUGCCCACACGGCCCUCGGGUGCGCACGCACCUCCAUCACGGGCUACUAUGUUGUCCCCGUGGCAGCGGGCCUAACCGUGUACCCUGUCGUCGAGUACAACAACCAUACGUUUGAACGCGUGAAUACGGGUCGUGCGCCCGAAGGACGCUAUGACAGCGUUUCGCUGGCUGGUGAGGCUCUGACGUACGACUACUACGCAAUUAAAAGCGAUGAGGUAUCGCAGCCCACCAUCUUUAUCGACACGUCCGCCGCGACCAUGACCAUGCAGAUGGCCGGUGGCCGCUGCAACCGUACACUGGGUACUACUACGGUGCAGAUCACCUACGCGACAUGCCUGGCCACCUGGAGCAAGGACAUCACCUUCAGCACAUAUGAACACGUUGUGGAUUUGCCUCAACAAGAGUUUUUCGUCGAGUUGAUGGGUGUUGAGCACGAUAGCGAAAUCCUCGGUGAGACAGUGCCGGCUUUCUUUGAGGAGCACGGUGGCAAGAAGCUCACAAUCGACCUCAAGGCUGAAGAGCCAGACACGGCUCGUUGGGAGUUCCAUCCUGAACCCCAGGUCACCGUGCAACUGUCGGGAGAUCGGAGCGGCGAGUGCAGCUUUGCAGUCCUGGAGCGUGAAGCGCCCACCACCAUCUCUGUCACUGCCAUCGAGCCCUUCUGGAGUACGAUCGAAUCUUGCUCAUGGGUUGAAGGCAAUAUCACACUGGUCAAUCAGAUUGGUGAAACCCAAGAGACAGUGACUGCUUUGUUGCGUCAGAAGAUUAUCAAUGCUGAAAAGGCUGCACGCCUUGGCCGUUGCGCUGGCACGGGAUGCUACGUGCCUCUGGAGCUCGCUUCAGACGAUGCAGGCCGGACCUUUCACUCAGCCCAUGUCGCCUUUGAGGCCAUGGGCGGUGAACCCGAGCUGGUGAUGGAAGUGGAGGGCGUCGCCAAUGCCAAACUUCUGACCGCUCAGCUGGACACGGCGUUUCACUCGGUCAGCAAGUUGGUGCCCGUCGUUGUCACCGGCGACAAGCUCAUUUCCGAGCUCUUUACCAUGGACUUUCCAGAGUACUUCCCCCUCAUGAUUCUCUACGACCCUCCGGGUGGAUCCUCUUAUUCUUACUAUUCAAACACUGUGUCUUCGCUUCGCGUUCGUCAUCGUGAAUUUGCGGCAUUCAAGGGCGCCUACGUCGCUGAGAAAGUGUCGUGGACUUGGGAUGUCGAGUCCAGUCUCUGCGCUGGUUUUGGCGUCGAGGCGUGUACCAAGGUAGCCAAAUCUGAGGGUGGCGCUGGUCUAGACGUUGCUGCAACGAGUAUGUCGGCCGAUGUCAAGGCCAGCCUGAACGGUGAUGAUAGCGUCACUUUUUCCACGACCAUUUCUGUACAAACAUCUGAUGACCUUGGCUCGCCCUCGGGACACAUGUUCAUCACGCCUGCCUUGACCGUUCGCUACAUUGAGACUCGAGAGGUGCUAUUCAACGCCUCGGCCUGCAGCACCGAGGUCAUCGAAAAGGUGACUUGGUCUUUGGGCGACAGUGGUACCAAUACCAACUCGUUUACCAUCAAGAUGUACGCCGACAUCCGAGAUGCCGAGAUCCCCACCUUGGAAAAUAACUUGGUGCACGCUGAAGCCGACCUGGCCUCUGCCAUGACAUCAGGCACUCAAGCUGAAAAGGACGAGGCCCAAGAAAAGGUUGACAAGCUGAAAGAGGCCAUCACGGGCUGGAAAGGAAUCCUGAACUACACGGAUGAGGUUCUCUACAACGCUUCCACCGGUGCUCUUGAGCCGCUGACGGGUUUGAUGCCGGGUGAACUCUUCGAUGCGGCUCGAGAUCUGGACCGAAAGCCCGACGGCAAGGCUGCUGAUGAACUCGAAAAGUACAGCGCCAUUUCUUUCAUGGGCGGCGGCCAGCUUUAUUCAUAUGAGGAGUCUGUCGGUGUUGCCAACAGCACCAACACGGGAACCAUGAUGCACGAUGAAGGCACAGUUGGAGGCUUUGUGGAGAAUAAAAUGGCAAUUGCCGGCACCGGCCCUGCCUUUGAAAUUGGUAUUGGCUACCAAAUGUCAGCGGACCGAGCCGAUGUGACGACCAAGGAAAAGAGCUCGGAGAGUGUACGCGGUUUUGUCCUUGGCGAUGGCGAUGCUGGGGACAAGUUUGUGGUUAAGAUUUCACGUGAUCCCAUCUAUGACACCUUUGUAUUCACAACCGUGGCCGGUUCUUCCAAGUGCCCUCACGAGGAGAAUACGUAUGCCCGCGAGCAGCCACGCCUUAGUAUUCAGAGUCAGCCAACCGGCCCUGUGGCUCCUGGCCAUAGCGCUCUGUUGCACAUUCGCCUCAUCAACGAUGCCAAUGAGGCAAACCAGUUCCAACUUUAUGUGCGUGAUAUUGAAGGCUUGGACGUUCGGAUGAAUGAUGAAACGUUGCUGGGUGGCCGUUUCUUUGAGCAGAUGGCCCCAUAUUCAGAGUAUGAGGAGGUCGUGCACGUCACUCCGAUCGAAGGACAAACCUCAGUGACGUUCAAGAUGGGAUUCCGUUCCCAAUGCGAGCAUGACACGUUCUUGGUCACUGGCAGCUGGUCGCCUGCCUCUUUCCAAGCCUCCGAACAUGAGAUCACCAUUGAUUUUAUGCAGCCCUGCUCGACGAUUGAGUGGACAGGCGACGUUGCCAAGUCGGGCCGGGUUGUCAUCAACACCAACCACGCCGAUGCGUACUACCCUUUCCUUGCUCGCAACCCCGGGGCCCCAGACAGUUUCUGGGCUGAUGACGCGCGUCUUGAGGGCGUCAAUCUUGAGUUUCGCCCCUAUGGCAGCACGAGUUGGACCACUGCUGUGUCUGGCCCAGUGACCGAGUCGCGAUUUGGUUACGCUAGUCUUGACUGGCAGGUGGAGAAUCUGGCUGAUGGCCGCUACGAGGUGCGCCUGUCUACCCAGUGCGAGUCCUCUGGGAGCGCCGUGGAGGGUGCUGACAGCCAUGACGCCGGAACCAUCGAGGCAGUUUUGGACCGCGCCGCGCCCCGUGUCUUUGGCCUGUUCCCGCGUGCUGGCAGCGAGGCCGUGCCUGGCGACAACGUCGAGGCGGUCUUCAACGAGCCCCUCAAUUGCGAGAAGCCCUCAACGGUUCGCGCGACGGUCAAGAUUGGCACUGAAGUCACCGUUACCGAGCAGGUUCUGGACGUGCUGUGCCAGGGCAACACCAUUCAUCUUUCCAUCAGCAACGCCUUCUCUUCGGCCGCACUCAGUGGCAAGAGCGUGCAAGUGACGCUCAGCGACAUUUACGAUGCUGCCGGCAACAAGAUGAGUCAGCCCGUGUCUUGGACCUUCACCUAUGCGGAGCUUGCUGACGCUGUGCCCGUCCCCGUCUCCCUGGACGGCCUGCGCUUCAACGUGCCCUGGAAUGCUUCUUUCGGCAAUGUUGAGUCGACCGCGUUUGUUGACUUUUCCGCAACGCUGGCCAGCGAGCUGGCCACCGUCUUGUCGGUGUCGGAAACACGCGUGGAGCUCACGAGUUUGCGCGAGGUUUCGGGCGGCGCACAGACCGUGGGCACGCUCAAAUUUUUGAUCCCGGCCGAUCCCGUAGGCCCGGCUGCCAAUGACGGCCUGAGUGCUGAGCAGCUGGCUAGUUUGUUCCUUAGCGCCCUGUACAUCGAUGACACUCCCCCCUCGCUCGUCAACGGUGGCAUCCUGGAGGCCCUGGAUUUGGACUAUCAGCCUUCCCAGAGUUUGGCCGUGGCCCGUCGUGCAGCAGCCGGAGCAAACAUGGAGGCAGGCCUCCCGGUUGCAUCCUCUACAGCAGAUAGCAACGACAGCGAAGGCAACUCGGCUGAUCUCUAUCAAAUUUUGACGCUGGGCGUGUGUAUUUCCCAGUUUGCGGUCCUUGCCGUGAUGCUUGUCCGCCGUAGCCGACGUCGUGCCUCUGAAGGCGUUGCUGGGCCUGCUGCAGAAACGAAGUAGCUCGACUUCUUAUAUGAUAUAAUGAUAGUGAUUUUUCUUGAUGAUUCCUCGACUCGUUCGAGAAUUCGACACAUCCUGUAGUUUUCCUUCCAUGUAUUUCUUUUAUGUUCGGCCGCCCCACUUCGCUUGUCACACAAGUACAUGUACACUGGGGGCUCCUCUAUAGUGGAAUGGUGGGAGUAGCCAUCUUCUUGUUUGUUCGAUCUUCUGCCCUUCACUCAACAAAUACAGACAGACACAAAACUUGUUGCUCCAAGCCCUCACAUCCUUUUAUCAACGAGCUUGCAGCUCCUUUAUAAAUUGAACCUUUAUGGAUUGA